AUGUUCACAGCUGUUCGCCGUUUUUCAACGGGUUAGUCGCAAAAAAACAAAUCAAUUUUUCGGGAAAAAACAAAACCUUAUCAAGGGAAGGUCAUCAUUAUUGUAUAUGAAAAUAAUAACGAACAAUCGAUUUUUUUUUAUUUGUUAUACUAAAAUUGAUUUUUUCAGCAACUCGCCGAUUUUUGUCAAUGGAUACUCCAUCGAUAGAUAUUCAAGGUAAACAAUCUCUGCAGAAAUAGAGCUCCGAACUGCAAAUGAUGCAACUUUGCCAGCGAAAGCGUGAAAAACUUCAUGAAAUUUCAACUUUUUAUUUCGAAAUAAUUUUUCCCGCGCUCGGCUCUCGAAGCGAUUUAUAAACACGUCAGUCUGAGAUUGACGCAUUUUAUGUGUGCACAGGCGCGAGUUCAAAAUUUUAUUUCUCAAACGUUUUUUUUCAGAAAUCCGUGCAAAAUACUGGAACAAAGAUGAGGAAUUUUUCCUCGAAGAGAAUCUGCCAACCACUGAUCCUUUCAAGCUUUUUGAUAUUUGGUUCAAGCAAAUCGCAAAUAUUUCGGAUUUAUCAUUCGAGGAAAUAAAUGCGGUUUGUGUUUCAACUGUAGGAAAGUGAGUUUUCAAAAUUCAAGUUUUCGAGAAAAAGUCAUUGUUUAUUUUUUUCAGAGAUUUACGUCCUUCUAGUCGAAUGGUUUUGCUGAAAUCGUAUACUUCUGAUGGUUUUUCGUUUUUUACAAAUUAUAACAGUCGAAAAGGCCAGCAAAUCGAGGAAAAUCCAAAUGCUGCAAUGCUUUUUCAUUGGCCAAAAACAUCUCGACAAAUUCGAAUCGAAGGAGCAAUUGAUAAAUUAGACGAUGAUUUAGCGGUAAAAUAUUGGAAUUCGAGACCAUUACCAAGUCGAAUCGGAUCGAAAUCGAGUGAACAAUCGGAAACUGUUCCAAAUCGACAAUUUCUUGAGAAUAAAAAACGGGAACUUACGGAGUUAGCUGAACGCGAAGGUGGACAAGCAAUCACAAAACCCGAAUCUUGGGGUGGAUAUAUUCUGAUUCCUCGAUAUUUCGAAUUCUGGCAAGGACAAUCGGAUCGUCUUCAUGAUCGAAUUGUAUUCGAGAGAGAUGAAGAAGUAUGGACAAUCAAAAGAUUAUCGCCAUAG